AUGUCUAAGCAACUCGUGGCCGAAGUAACUGCAGCUGCCAAUGAAGCGAUAAGCAAGAAGGGAAGCUUUAGUCUUUGCAUUCCUGCAGGCAGUGUGGUCUCUGCUCUGUCGGCGUUAUCACCCAGUGCGGUCGACUGGAGCAAGGUUCAUGUCUUCUUCACAGGAGAGCGGCUAGGAGUGAACAAGUCCUACACGGCCGCGCUGGAUGCCUUCUGCCGCAAUUGCAAGAUCCAAAACGUCUUCUAUCCCAUCAUGAGGCCUUUGUUCAGCGUCGAGAAGGGCCUGCCGGAGUUUGCCGUGAAGGAGGCAGCGGCGGCAUAUACGUGUUUGUUGAAGAACCAUCCAGCCAUUGACAACGCAGGGCCUAUGCCAUCCUUUGAUCUCUUGCUGCUGGGCGUUGGAGAUGAUGGACAUUGCGGUUCUUUGCACCCCAAGAGCGAUCAUAUUAAGGCCACAGGGGAUGGCACGGUGACCUUUGGAAUCCACAAAGCUGGAAAAAACCAGAUUGCCAUCUCGAUGGAUGUGAUGUGUGCGUCCAAGAAGGUCAUUCUCGCAUGCACCGGCGAGAAGAAGAAGGAUGCAGUUCGCCGAGCCCUCUCAGGUGAUUUUGAAGCUCAUGACUGUCCUGCUGCUCUUGUAAAAGCAGCUUCAACUACUUGGUAUGUAGAUAAGGCCUCGCUGGCUGAUUUCACUCCAAAGUGA